AUGGUUCACAGGGCAGAAUAUUUACCUCCAACUGGUACUAGUAUCGGUUCAAUCUUACAAGGUGGUUACAAUCAUCAAUUAUCUAGAGAAUGGCAAAAUCCUCGCCAGUUAACUAAAAACAUGUUUAUCUUUCCAUUAUUCAUGUCUGAUAUUGAUGAUGAAGAAACAGAAAUGGUUCAUUUACCUAAAAUGAAAAGAUUUGGAGUUAACAAAAUUGUGAAAUACGUUGAUGGAUUAGUUAAAAAAGGUUUGAGAGCUGUCAUCUUAUUUGGAGUCAUCAAAGACGAAGAUAAAGAUGAAGUUGGAACCAAAGCUGAUGAUCCUGAAGGUCCAGUGAUUAAAACCAUCAAGUUAUUAAGAGAAAACUUCCCUGAUUUAUUCAUCAUGUGUGAUGUUUGUCUCUGUGAAUACACUAGUCAUGGUCAUUGUGGGGUUUUAUUAGAAGAUGGAAGUUUAAACAGAGAACAAAGUACUUUGAGAUUAGGUAAAGUUGCCGUAAAUUAUGCUAAAGCUGGUGCUAACUGUGUUGCCCCUUCAGACAUGGUCGAUGGUAGAGUGAAAGAUAUUAAGUUGGGAUUGAUCAAUGAAAAUUUGGCUCAUAAAUGUCUUUUAAUGUCUUAUUCUGCUAAAUUUUCUGGAGGAUUAUACGGUCCUUUCAGAGACACUGUUGGAAGUCAACCAAGUCACGGUGAUAGAAGAAGUUAUCAAUUACCAACUGGUGGUGCUGGAUUAGCCCGUAGAGCCUUGAAAAGAGAUAUAGAAGAAGGUACUGAUGCAAUUAUUGUUAAACCUUCCACCUUCUAUUUGGAUGUCUUGAAAGAUGCUGCUGAAAUCUGUAAGGAUUACCCAAUCUGUGCUUACCAUGUUAGUGGGGAAUAUGCAAUGUUACAUGCUGCUGCUGAAAAAGGUGUUGUCGAUUUGAAAGCAAUUGCUUUUGAAAGUCAUUAUGGAUUAUUAAGAGCUGGUGCAACCUUGAUUAUCUCAUAUUUCACUCCCGAUUUCUUAGAUUGGCUUGACCAAUGA